AUGGUUCAUCGUGGUCCAAAGUCGUGGGCUACUGUGGAAGAGGAAGCGUUCCUCAAAGCUCUAUUGCCUGAGUAUAGAAAAUGUCGGUAUCAGAAAGCAUACGCCAAUUUUUGGAUCAAUACCUUGCGUGCAUUUUUCAACAAGUGGCCCGAGUGCAUGCGUCUACACUGCGACCCUAACUCGGGUAUCCCUGCAGAAGAAGACCUUACUCCUCAUCAAAGAGAGAUUGUUGGUCAGGCUAUCACAAAGCAUAAGCAGGUCAUCAAGCGUUGGUUUAGCUGGCAGGUGAAUAUGGCACGUCUUGCGCGUUCAUGUAACUCCCGUGGUGUACUCAACCUUGAUGACACACUUGGAGGGGGGGCAAGUGGGCUCGGAGGGUCUCGGGCCCCACAAGAAGUUGAAGUCUACUCACAAUACCACUAUAAUGCACACGUGAAGGCCACCGCCGACACUGUAAUUACAGCAGAGGGGAUUUCUUCACGUGGUGUGAAGCUGUCCAAAUGGAAGGAGGUCACUCGCAUCAUAUAUGCAACAGAGGAUGAUGGCAUACACACCAAGGUUAAGGAAAAGCAUGCAGAGAUACUCACAAAGUGGAAGCAUGAUCAUGAGCUGGCCAAAGCAGGAGCUUUCAAUGAACUGGGGUCGCAUCUGGACCAAAUAUUCCAUCAUCUAUCCUACAAGACAGGGGGACUGAAAUUUACUUGCAUUGCAGGUGGACGUGACCCUCGUACAGGAGAGGUUGUGGUAGUCAAUUUCCACUUGGGAGAAACAGGCACAGGUGCAGAAUUCUCAGCCUGCUAUCCUGGGUUCUCGGAUGUUCAAGUUGCCUAUGCGGAUUUUGUGAAGGAUGCUGUUGCUCACGAUGACAAGAUGCAAUUGCUCAUGAGUGACUCCGAGUUGGAGGCCCUAACAGUCAGCAAGGAUGCAGAUGACUUAGAGUGGAACUUUGAAGACAACAACGGGAACAUCCAUAAUGAUGAGGAUGGACACACAAGUGACCUUACUGAUCAUAUACCCCAGGACUGCCUAGCGACGCUGCAAGCCAUACCCGAUGUUGACCCGGGUACUGGUACUGGUACUCCAACAACUACCGGAGAAUGGUUCAAUGACCACCUUCACACCGAGUCUGAGCCGCUCCUUUUUGAUGACUUUGACCCCUCAGUUCUUGUCCCGUAUGUCAUUGAUCAUAGUGGUGAUACCUAUUUUCCUUCUUCGAAUGAUAUACCAUAUGAAUACCCUGCUUCUGCAUCUGUUCUCAGCAAUUCAUUGCCUAUACAAGACCUUGAUUCAGACUACAUAUACGAUGACAAGCUCGCUUAUUUGUCUCAAGGCUUAGACUUCUCACAUAGUGACAACAGAGCACUCUCAGAGCCCAUUAUUCCACCUCCCAUUGUGCCUUCUGGUGCAGUACUCCCUGAUGAGCUGCCUUGUCUGCCAGCAGUUCCAGACAUGCCACAGGCAGCUACCCCCCAGCCACAAACAACAGUUCCUCAGAUUCUAUCGCCAUCACUUCCAAACGGGACGGCUGGUGGAACUGCCACUGGAACUGCGACUAGCACAUCUGGUUGUCUCGCUUCUUUGGCUGCCGAGCAGCCAAAAGGACCUCGCCAUACCACACGCCAACACGUCCCAUCAAAACGUGAACAGGCACUCAAUGACAUUGGGUCAUCGAAUGCACGUAUCUGCGCUGGAGCAGGAGUUACAAGGGGUAAAGAAAAUGAUGGAUCUAAUUUCACGCCUACGAAGCGUAAGGCCAAGCCCGCCAAUCCACAAGCUAACAAGUGA